AUGCACGCUCGGAGUAGAGUCGCAUUGACUGUCCGAAGGGCUCUGAGGAGCGCGGAUGCUGCGAUAUGUCCUAGGUCGGGAAGACCAUAUCCCGCACCGAUUGCAUCGACUAUCCGUCGUUCAUAUGCGACGGAAGCCGCACAACAGAAUUAUCGGCUUGUUAUUGGGCAACCGACGCCGGAAACACAUCCGCAUCUACUGAAGGCUGGGGAAUUGACGAGAGGAAUUCAAGGAAGUGAAUAUUUCGAGCGAAGAAGGAAACUUGCGCAGGCACUACCCGACGGUGGUGUCGCGAUCUUCCAGGCUGCUUCGUUGAAGUAUCGGUCUGGGCCGGUAUUUUAUGAGUUUCAUCAAGAUCCGGAUUUCUUUUACCUAACAGGAUUUUUGGAACCAGACGCUGUUGGGGUUGUAGAAAAAACGGGACCGAACGGGGAACAUAUCUUUCAUUUGUUCGUAAGACCAAAGGAUGAACAUUCUGAAGCAUGGGAAGGCCCGAGAUCGGGUAUCGAGGGAGCGUAUGAAGUUUUCGGCGCUGACAAUGCCGGAGAUUUUGAGCAUUUCCAAAGCCACUUAGAGCCAAUCAUAAGGAGGGCAGAAGUGGUAUAUACAGACAUAUCUGCCAAACCGGACGGUCUCAAGCAGACGCUAGUCGGUCUGUUGGCGAAGUUUAAAGGAGAAACUCAACCCAUUGAGCGGCCCCAACCGCUCAAACCUAGGAUUCACCUGUUACGGUCGUUCAAGAGCUUUGCUGAGAUAACGAACAUGCGAAGUGCUGGAAGGAUUUCAGGACGAGCAUUCAAUGAAGCGAUGGAAAGGCGAUGGAAGAGCGAGUCAGAUCUUUGGGCUUUCUUGGAAUAUCAGUUUAGGAUGGGAGGGUGUGAAAAGUCGGCGUAUGUUCCUGUGGUUGGAGGUGGUGAUAAUGCAUUGAAGAUUCAUUAUACUCGGAAUGAUAAGUUAUUGAAAGAUGGCGAUUUCGUCUUGGUGGAUGCCGGUGGGUCCUAUGGUGGAUACGUUACGGAUAUAACAAGAACAUGGCCCGUCAACGGCAAAUUCACAGACCCACAGAAGGACCUCUACGAAGUCGUUCUCGGAGUACAGAGGAAAUGUGUGGGUCUAUGUCGAGAAGAUGCAAAGAUGUCGCUUGAUGAGCUACAUGGAAUUGCAGAGGAAGAACUCAUGGUUGGGUUGAGAUCGCUUGGUUUUAAUAUCAGCCUCAGGGAUUUGACGAAAACCUUAUUUCCUCAUCAUCUGGGUCAUUAUGUGGGACUAGAUGUUCAUGAUGUUAGUUCCUAUGGUCGAGCUCUAAAGCUUAAGACCGGACAGUGCGUUACAAUUGAACCAGGCAUAUACGUCCCGAGGGAUAACAAAUACCCUCUCCACUUCCAGGGUAUGGGAAUUCGAAUUGAAGAUAGUGUCUGUGUGGAUGAAACCAGUCCGGUGAUUCUUUCAGUGAAUGCCGCUAAAGAAGUCGCGGAUAUAGAAGCGCUGGCAGCUGAAGAGUAG